AUGAUGACUGAUCGGCAAAUAUUAAAGAGACUCAAUAAUGAGAUUAAAAGAUCGAGAGUAUUCAAGUCAGUAAACUUUACUAAACUUCCAGAUGUGAUCAAAAGAAAGGAAGGUUAAGAAAUACAUAUUAAAAAAAAGCCUAAGAAAAAUCCCAAAAAGAAACCAAAUAAGAAUAACUUGUUGCUGGAGCACGAAGAAGAAGAAGUAUCUGACACAAGCCAAGAUUUAGAUGGUCUAGAGGAUGAUAUUUAUAUUGAUAGAGACUUUCAAAACUAUGAUGAGGUGUUUAAAGCUAAAGCUGAGGCAUUAAAUAGAAAAAUAGAUAAUGUUGAAUGGAGCGGCUAAGAUAUAAUGACCAGAUUUGAUCCUUAUAAAGCAAAAAUUGCACUAGAUAGCUUAAAUCAGAUUAGAAUUUGGCCCCAUGGAUGCUAUGGAUACUUUAAGAGAUGGAGAACUCUACUUAAGAACGUAAUGAAGCACUCUUUAAUUGAAAAUCUUAUGACUCUCUGCGUUUUUGCUAACACUAUCAUUUUAUCUAUGGAUAGAUACGGUAUUGAUGCUGACACCUAAUCUAUCUUGAGUAGCUUUAACACAUUUUUCACUAUUGUUUUCAGCAUUGAAAUGUUCUUAAAAAUUGCAGCCAUUGGUCUCGUCAAAUGGUUAAGAGAUAAAAUGAAUUACAUGGAUGGUUUUAUAGUUAUUUUGUCUCUUGUUGAACUCGUAUUUAUGAGUGGAAGUGGAGCGUUUAGUGCAUUUAGAUCUAUAAGAAUGCUUAGGACUCUGAGAGUCUUGAGAGUUGCUCGUUUGCUUAGAGGAAUGAAAUCUAUGAUCAAUAUUAUUUAGGUUAUUCAGAGAUCCCUUUCUAGUUUUGUCUACUUGGGAAUGCUGCUUUUCCUAUUUAUCUUUAUUUUCGCCCUUCUUGGAAUGCAACUUUUUGGAGGUAAUUUCAAGAAUCUUUAAAAUGCUUCAAGAUAUAACUUUGACUCUUUCAAUUAAGCAUUCGUCACAUCAUUUAUUUUGUUGUCAAUGGAAAAUUGGAAUACUGUACUAUUUAAUGCUAUGCAAUCAGAUGUCAAUAAAGCCAUUUCUGUUGUAUACUUUAUUAGCUGUAUAUUCGUUGGAAAUUUCAUGCUUUUGAACUUAUUCUUAGCUAUUCUGCUAGAUGCUUUUACUUCAGUAGAUGAGGAAGAUCAUGAUACUCCAGAGAAAAGAGCAGAACGAGAAAAAUAAAAACGCGAAUUGUUAAAAGAAAAAGCAGGUGAGGAACUUAUUACUGGCUUAGAGGAGAUUGAUGGAUAAGAUAAUAACCAUGGAGGUGCAGCCAAAAAGAAAAAGAAGAAAAAGAAGAAGAAGGCAAAGCCCGGAGAAGCUGUAGAGACAAACAUUCUUGAUGAAUCUGUUGAAAUUGAUAUGGAAGCACUUGAGCUGAAAAAACAAUAAACUAUCAGGGAAAAAAGUAGGUUAUUUGAGGGAGUAGGUUGCGAAAGGUCAAUAUAUAUGUUUACUAAAACCAAUCCUAUUAGAAUCUACUCAUACAAGAUAGUGACUAACAACAAAUUCGAAAACUUUAUUCUUGUGCUAAUUAUCUUGAGUAGCAUUAAGCUAAUUUAUGAUACUUACUUGUUUAACGCGCCUGAUGAUGAUCCCUAGGUUGUUAUUUCUGGCAAAUUUGAUUUAGCUUUUACUGUUUUGUUUACUGGAGAAUGCGUGCUGAAAUGUAUAGCCUAUGGAUUUAUUUAAGAUUAAAAUUCCUAUUUGAGAGAGACAUGGUCACAGAUGGAUUUCUUCAUCGUUGUGACCUCUCUUAUUGAUGCCACUUUUAGUGGUCUCUUCUUUCUUCAAUGGGAGCUAUCUUCAAUGUGGGUAUUGUGGUUGUUUGUAUAUUUUUGA